UUGAAUAUAAAUAUUUCUUUACCAUUUUAAUUAUUCCAAGUACCCUCGAAGUAAGUUGGACUUAUAAAGGGGCUCUUUUGCAAAUGAAUUAAUUCUUAUUACAUUUACCUACAUAACGCAAUGUUACUUGUUCUGGGUCUUAAUCAUCGUAACCAAUGCAACUACUUGGUUCUAGCGCUGCUUUGCUGAUUUUUUUCAUGCUUAGUGCUCCUAAUGAAUCACAACCCGGACAGAAGUCAAUAUUUCCUCAGAAAUAUGUUCCCAUUUUUGUGAUACAGUUCUAACACAGAUGUUGGUUUCUUCUCUAAGUUGUUCUAGAUCUACACGUACUCGUAUUUUAUUGUCCUUUAAGGCGUUCCAGACUGAUUGUCAGCUAAAGAUACCACUUUUAAUUUACGUGCAAGGUAAAUGCCAUGCAAUUGGUGGCAAAUUGAGUAAAGUGAGUUCUAGCUAUCUAAUGCCGUUUAAUUAUAUUAUCUUUGCAUUUGAGAAAUAGGCAUAGAAGUUUGUGGGCUAGGAACCUGCAAAAUGCAAAACUUUACUACUACGGAAACGUCAAUAACGCCUCGGAGAUUCGACCUCGAGGCUACGAUUUUGAUUAUCGAAAACGGAGUAUGAUUAGUUUCUAUGGGACUUGGGAGCGGGUUUCUGACUGCAAGAUUCCGGUCCCUUCUAGGGAGCAUCACAGCAGCAGAGCACUGUAUCUGCACCAACGAAGACUUCCCAUAUAAUGGAGGAGGAUGCUUUCUACGAGCAAUUACCAGCAGUUCAGGGGAGGCUUGCUAAAGAUGACAUGGUGGUCUGAAAGUCAAGAUGGGCUCUGAUAACACGUUGCUCGGAAAUGUAAGGGGGAAGCACGGUCUUGGGAACUGUAACGAUAAUGGUGGGAGCACAAAACUUAUCAUUCGGUCAGUUGAAUGUCAAGUGACCGACACCGUACCAGCUAUCAGAUUAAUCACUUUGGGACAAGCGAUAGACUUCUGGACGUACGAUUUCGGCCUCGAAAGGGAUCACCAUCUAAUAGUCGCUUACGUUCGCUUGUGUGAACAUCCAACAUCGACCGCUUCAAUGAUCCAACUGUCGCUCGUCAGUGGGAAAGCUAUCUUGCUGGAAUUAAAAUUUUGUUUAAGAAUCGAGGGAUUUCUAGUGCUAGUCCAGUCCGCUAUUUAAUGGAUGGCGGCUUUGAGAAUCCCUCGAUUCUUAAACAAAAUUUUAUUUUAGCAUCGGCCGGCUUAGACCUAAAAAUUUUACAUGGCGGAUUUGUGUUCAUUAUAAUUCAUACGCAUGACGUGUUUUUGAAUUAAUUAACGGGAGCAAAUACCACCGUGUAACCACUUCGGUCGCGCUGCUCCCAGGUUUUUCCAAAGGUGGGGCAGCGCCUGAUGAGUUUCCUUUGCCCUGGAUGAAACUGCAUUCUGUCUUGCUUAUUGUACAGCAGAAACACUGAAUAAUUCGCUUGAAAAGAUCAAUGAGCAUUAGGCCCCCAUCAAACAUGUUAUUUUCUCCGGUGUUACCCAGGUCGUCGGAACUGGAUAUCCGUCGAUGUAUCAACACCGCCUUGUUUAAUUAUUUGAAAAUACAUCGCUGAAAUGUGAAGUCGAUUCGAAUGAAAUUGACUGAGAUGUACCGUAAUCCGUACCGUAAACUACCUGAAAUUGAAACUUUAAACGCAUUUUUCUGCUAUGUUUGAAACCGGUGACCAGAAUUACUCGGAAAUUACUAAAUGAUCUUUUGAAACUUAGCAGUCUUAUUUAGUAAAUAAAAACGCAGAGUUUAUUCCUUGGAUUUUUAUUUUCGAUAGGAAAUGGCAAUUUUAUAGCCCAAAAACGACCGUUUUUUAGUGACUUUCCAAUAUUUUGUGAAUUUGUAUAUAUUUUUUUAAAUUCUUCAAUUAAAUGCUAGUUCUUCUGUUAUUUAA